UUAAUGUGGAUAAAUGUAAGUGAAAUAUUCCAAGCGCUUCUAGAGAUUUACAGCGAUUCCCAGAGAGAGACACUGAUUCCGAGUAAAACAGAAGAAGAAAGAGAAGAGAGAAGAUGACAACACAGAAGACAGAAGAGUGAGACAGCAGCGAGUAACAUCUAGAGAAGAGGAAGAAGAACUUGCCCACCCCAUCCCUGAUCCUCUGGAGGAAGAUCCAAGUCCAUAAUGUCGACAGAGCUGGUGGAAGACGAGGCCCAGUUUUACUGCAAAGCCCAGAAAUAUUGGAAGAAUGUUCCGGCUACGGUGGACGGCAUGCUGGGGGGAUACGGGCAUAUAUCCAAUAUCGAUCUCAACGGUUCCAAAAAGUUCCUCCAGAGGUUUCUGCGACAGGAAGGGUCAAACAAGACCGGGAACAUGUACGCCCUAGACUGCGGCGCCGGCAUCGGCCGGAUCACCAAGCGACUGCUGCUGCCGCUCUUCAAAAAAGUAGACAUGGUGGACGUGACGGACGAAUUUUUGAGCAAAGCUAAGAGCUACCUUGGCGAAGAAGGCAGUAGAGUUGGGAACUAUUUUUGCUGCGGCCUGCAGGAGUUUUCCCCAGAGCCAAACCGCUAUGAUGUCAUUUGGAUCCAGUGGGUAAUAGGGCACCUGACAGAUGAACACUUAGUGGACUUCCUAAAGAGGUGCAGUCUGGGCCUUCGGCCAAACGGCAUCAUUGUCAUCAAGGACAACGUCACUCAGGAUGUCUCCAUCAUGGAUGACGUAGACAGCAGCAUCUGCAGAGAUAUCGAUUUAGUCAGGAAGCUCAUCAAACAAGCCGGCCUCUCGCUCUUGGCCGUAGAAAGGCAGGAGAAUUUUCCUGACGAAAUCUACCACGUCUUUUCCUUUGCCAUGAGAUAAACCCUGCCCUGAGAACCAUUUGUAGAGCGGUCCAUCAUUUUGGGAAGCUUUCUUGACUGUUCUGGUUUGCCAAAAGAUGUGGCAUGGCGAGACGGGGGGGGGCAGGGUUACAGCAGACGCACUGAAGCGACAGAUGAAAAUUUGGAACUGGGACAAUUGGCAGGAUAUUUAAUAUAAAAAAGGCAUGAAACUGAGAUUUUCUAAAAACGGAGAAAUAGUUCUGUGGAAGGGACCCUGAGCAUGCGAUGGAUUUAUGUAAAAGGAAGUGACCUACAUGGGGGUAAAUUGUGUGCUUUGUUCCCAAGAGGAGUACUGGGAAGUGGAAGCGCAUGCCUUCAUAUCCGAAAAUGAGUCCUGACACCUCCCAAAAUGUUAAAUAUUUUAAUAAAAUUAUUUUCCUUCAUCCUGCCUUUUCCCUUUGGUGCUAGUUACUGGCGUCAUGCAGCAGCAGCCAAACCCAUCAUCAAUAUUGGGAUUACACGUGUGUGUCUGCAAACAUUGCCGCUGUACAAUCAUCAAUUAGAAGGAUUUACCUAUGUCUGAUCAAAAGACGCUUCGAAUUGUGGUUGUUUGGACCCAGGCACCCCUGGGUCCAUAAUGUGCGAGCAUGGACCGCUAUACCCUGCAGCGUGGGCACGUCGAACUCUGUGGUUGCUCAGAACGCCCAGCUCCACAUCCAGUGACUUUCUGUAUAUAGGAGACCCUGUGGAUUCUGGCAAAUGCCAGAGGGGCUGCUGUAAGAUGCCAUAGACACUAUUUAUUGGACCUCUAUGUAGCUGAAAUGUAUUACUGCAGAAGGGGUCACUGCAGCUCGUUCAGUAACUGGGAAGGCAGUUGACACAAAGGGGUAAUUCACCUGUUAACUUUUAGUAUGUUCUACAAUAGUAAAUUUGCAUCAACUUUUCAAUGUCUUCAUUUUUUUUUAAUAAUUUGCUUUCCUUUUCCAACUAUUGCUGUGAGAUUACAAUUUUAUUGUUACAUUUUAUUACUUAUCUUUCUAUGGGCCCUCUGCUAAUUUAUAUUCCUGUCUCAUUAAUUUGGACCCUAGCAACCAUAGAGCCACUCAAAUUUCAAACUGGAGAGCUGCUGAACAAAAAAGGAUAAAUAAUAAAAAAAAACAAAUAAUAAAAAAUGAAGACCAUUUACAAAUUGUUUUGGAAUGUCACUCUCAGCAUACUAAAAAGUUAACAACCCCUCUAAAAAGAUGUUUUAUUCAAACAAGUCCUAUGCGUGUGUCUAACAACCAUCUUAUCUCUCUAACCCCCACUCCUGUGUUGGGUUUUAUAAACCAGCCAUAUUUCA